AUGGAAAAACAAGGAAACCUUCACAUUGUGAUGGUGCCGUGGCUAGGUUUUGGCCACAUGAUCCCCUAUUUAGAGCUGUCCAAGUGCUUAGCUCAAAUGGGCCACCGUGUAUCCUUCCUUUCCACCCCCAGGAACAUCGAUAGGCUGCCAAGUGUCCCUCUUGAUCUACGCUCCCAGAUAAAUCUCGUGAAGCUUACCCCACCUCCCGUCGAUGGCCUGCCUGAGGAUGCUCAAUCCACCGUUGAUGUCCCUCCUGAUCACUUGCACUACCUACUUAAGCUGUUGGAUGAGCUGGAAGACCCCUUAUCAGCUUUCCUCGAUGGCGAUCCAUCACCGGAUUGGAUUAUCUACGAUCUGUUCGUUUACUGGGCCCCACGCGUCGCAGCUAGGUAUGGAAUACCCACCGUUGUCUUUGGAUCGGUGAGCGCGAUGACCUUCUCAAUGAUGGGCCCCCCAUCGGUACCGAUGGUUCCGCAACCGAAGAAGCCCGAGAAAUCAACCGGCCCACCUCCGUGGGUCCCAUUCCCCACGAUUGUGGUUCAACGAUACUACGAGGCCGUACAAAACGCGAAGACUGCAAGGACCUGUGCAUCGGGUUCGGAUCUGACCGUUGGACACAGGGUAAGGACUACACUCCAAGGAUGCCAUGCCGUGGCCAUACGGAGCUGCCCCGAAUUCGAACCUGAAUGGAUCCGACUCCUUCGAGAGCUGUACGACAAACCCGUUUUCCCAAUAGGCUUGCUUUCGCCGUCUAUCUCCGAAAUCAACGGUACGCAGCAUGACACGUGGGUGGACCAGGACCAGGAGUGGCUGGACACACAAAAACAGGGGUCUACAGUUUACGUUGCAUUUGGGAGCGAGUUUCAACUCAGUAAAGAACAAAUGACUGAGUUAGCAUUCGGGUUAGAGAUAUCCGAGUUUCCCUUCUUUUGGGCAUAUAGGGGGGACCCACGCCUACUUCCACUUGGGUUCGAGGAGCGGACCAAGGGCCGUGGAUUCGUCCGCUUGGGGUGGGCCCCACAAGUUAGGCUCUUGGCACACGUGUCAAUUGGGUGUUUCUUGACACAUGGGGGGUGGAGUUCGACCAUUGAGGGUCUUGCGUUAGGGAAGCCGCUCAUCAUGCUAUCCAUGUUCGGUGAUCAAGGCCUGAAUUCCCGCGCGAUGGAAGAGAGGAGAGUUGGAGUUGUGGUGGAGAGGAACGAGCAGGACGGAUCUUUCACGCGAGAGGCAGUCACGAAGUGUUUGAAGCUGGUGAUGGGAGAGGAUGAGGGUGGGCCCAUCAGAUCCAACGCUAGGGAGAUGAUGAAGAUCGUUGCUGAUAAGGAACGCCACGAUCAAUACAUCAAGGAAUUUGCAGAUUACCUCAUACAGCAUAGACGCAGAGACGUUGUACCAGCUCAUGUACGCUAG